UUAAUUAGACUAAUGUUAAACCACUCGUCUCACUAGUCCCUUCGUUAAAUGGCUUUAUGGGCAUGUAAAUAUAGAAGUUUGUGACCUGAAAUAUUAUCUUAUCACGGGUGUGGGUUUAUAAAGAGACAUCACUGUUCCCUUGCAUGUGCCUUGCUAGCUGCUACCCUUGCCCUGUGCCUGUGUUUCUCUCUCUCUCUCUCUCUCUCUGUCUAAAUUUUGCUCACAAAAGGGUCUCUCCUUCCCUUGUUGUACUAAACUUCUAGCUUCACUACUCCAUAUAUCCCUCUAACCGCCACCCACCUCUUUCUCUCGAUACUCAAAAGCAAGAUUAUUAAACCUUUUUACCCAAAACAAGAACAACCCAACAACAGUUUCUUGAUUUUCUUCUGUGUCAAACACAAAGGUCGAACAUGUCUGGACCUUCUGCUUCUGCUACUACUACUACUCUUUGGUUGGCCUCUUACACGAAACUUCAUUUCUUUACUCGUGUCAGGCGUUUCUUGCAAUCCAAAGCUGCACAGAAGAAUAAGCCAAGAACCAAAGUGAUGAUCGUUAAUAAAGAAGUACAAAUAAAAGUAACUAUGGAUGGAGAAACUGAAGAUGAUUCUUUGUUAUUACAAAGAUCAGUGAAGAAACUUCACUUUGGAAGCUGGGAAGAGAAGGAGAUGGCAGCUAAGGAAAUUGGGAAAUUAGCUAAAGAAAAAGUCAAGACAAGAAAGUUGAUGGCUGAACUCGGUGUUAUUCCGGCCUUAGUAGAGUUGGUGGCUUCGGAGGUGACUGCUCGCCGGCAAGUAGCCGUCAAGGCUUUGAUUGAGCUUGCUAAUGGAACUUACACGAACAAGGCUCUCAUGGUAGAAGCAGGAAUAUUCUCAAAACUGCCCAAGAACGAAGAUGUUUCAGAGGAUUUAAUAAUGCAUGAUUUUGCAGAAUUGAUCUUAUCAUUAUCUUCUUUGGCAAAUACCCAAUUCCAUCUUGCCUCAUCGGAAGUUUUGCCAUUUCUAGUUGGAGUUCUUGAAUCAAGCUCAAGUGUAGAGACCAAAGAGUCAUGUUUAGGCACUUUAUACAACCUCUCAGCUGUGUUCGAAAAUGCAGGACCCCUGAUCUCUAAUGGGGUAGUUCAAACUCUCCUGGGCAUAAUAUCAGUAAAAGAACUCUCAGAAAAAGCCCUUGCAACUCUAGGGCAUUUAGUUGUGACCUUAAUGGGAAAGAAAGCAAUGGAAAAUAAUUCAAUGGUGCCAGAGAACUUGAUAGGGAUAUUGACAUGGGAAGAAAAACCCAAAUGCCAAGAAUUAUCAGUUUAUAUUCUGAUGAUUCUAGCUUACCAGAGUUCAUCCCAGCGCGAAAAAAUGGCUAAAUCUAGAAUUGUCCCUGCACUUCUUGAAGUUGCACUGCUGGGAAGUCCUUUAGCUCAAAAGAGAGCCCUUAAACUUCUGCAAUGGUUCAAAGAUGAGAGGCAAGCAAGGAUGGGGCCACAUUCUGGGCCUCAAACAGGAAGGUUAGCAAUUGGUUCUCCUAUAAAUCCAAGAGAGACUCAAGAAGGAAAGAAAAUGAUGAAAAAUUUGGUGAAGCAAAGUCUGCAUAAGAAUAUGGAGAUGAUUAAAAGGAGAGCCAAUGCUUCAGGGGAGUCUUCAAAGCUCAAAUCCUUGGUUAUCAGCACAAGUUCUAAGAGCCUGCCUUAUUAAAGAUUUUAUACACAGUUGAGCAAUUUUCAAACUUUUCUUUUAGGAAUGAAUUUUUUUCAGCAAUGGCAUGCAUGUGGGUAUUUGUUGAUUACAGGGAGUGUAGUUGUUCACUUGUUCUUGUAGGAAAGAAUUGAACUCCUUGUUGAGAGCCAGAGUUGAAUGCAUUUCUUGUGCAGAAGCAGAAUAGCUAAUGACAAUUGUACAUGUUGACCAAUAAAAAAUUCUAUAAUUUCCUA